AUAAAGGAUCUCUCGCUAAUAUGGAUAUUAUAGAUGAGUUCUUGGGAAAAAAAUACGCUUUAAAAUCGUCGGAAAAGUUCGAAGAGUACCGUAAAAACUAUUUCCAAAGAAAAGCAUCUCUUUCCCUGAGCCAAGAGAACUGGUUAACCGAAGCGAAGAACGCCACAGGAGCUUAUACAUUCCACUUCCAUUCUCCCUUUGCUAGCGCCACCACAACCUUAAUAUCUGGGGAAGAGAUGGAGGAGACUAGACCUGAUGGUGUUAAGGUGAGAGCGUUGAUUACAAUAGAAGAAAACAAAAUGACCCACAUACAGAGAGAGGAAAACGGAAGAAUCUCAAAACACGUGCGUGUGUUUCCUGCAGACUCAAUGACAGUAACAACAACAUACACAACUAUAUAAGGUGCCGAGAAAACAGCAACGAGACACUACGUUUUAGUGGAAUGAUGAUUAUCAAAUAAAUUGUGAGA